AUGGGUUGGUGGCAGAGCCUUUGGGGCACGGAGAACACGGACGAUCCCCUCAGGAAGCUCGACCCCAAGCUCCGCGAAUACCUCGAGAAAGAAUCCCCAGUGAAAUACCCGUCAUCGCAAGCACCGCCGUCGCAACCGCCACAACCCCAAACGAAGUCCGCACAAACACCAUCACACACAACCCCCGAUCCCACACAGUCUGCGCAAGACCCUCCGCCAGUGCCCAAGGAGUCCGAGUUCCAGGAUGGCCGCUAUGCCCACCUCUGGAAGACGUACCGCCCGCUCGCCGAGAUCGAGGGCGAGACCAAGAGCGACCAGGAGAAGAUCAUGGACGUGCUGGAGGGCUACAAGGAGCGCAAGUCCCAGAUAGGCCGCGCCGCUCUCGAGAACUGCGCCCUCGAGCAGGUCGACUGGAGGAGCUGCAUGAACAAUCCCAGCGUUGCCGAGAGGCUCACCAUGUGUCGGGCCCAGGUCAAGAAGUUUGAGCGCUGCUAUACCACACAAACGAGACUCUUAAAAGCCCUGGGCUACCUUUCGACACUAGACCGCUCGCCCGAGGUCGAAGAGGAGAUUCAGAUGCAUGCCGACGCCAUGUACCAGAAGUUGGUCGCGCAGGAGGCCGAGAUCGAGGCGGCCAAGGCCGAGGGCCGUCCCGUGCCGAAGUUCGCGCCCGUGGUCCCCAAGAAGCCGCUGGUGCCGUCGGCGGCCCCCGACGCCGACCUCUCGGCUGAGCAGCAGGCGACGCUCAAGACGAGGCUGGAGAACAUACCCGAGGAGGACCACGCCGCCGAGAUCGAGGCCUUCCGCGCCGAGCAGAGGGCCAAGGCCGAGCUGGGCCAGCGCCUGCGCGGCAUUCUGGACCAGCAGGAGGCUGAGCGGAAGGCCAGGAUAGAGGCCGGCCAGCACACGGCGUGGGACAGGGUCAUGGGCGUAGUCAGGGGAAAUGGCGAGAAGAAAUGA